GUUUCUUAUUUAUCAGUGAAGAAAAAGCAGAAUUAGCUUCAACCAUCAGAGCCUCGACAUGAACGUCUGCUACACUUUGAUCUGCUGCUUCUUCCUGUAUGUCGUCAGCGCAGAGAUCGACGUCUACUCAGCUAAUGAAGGAGGAAACAUCAGAGUCAAAUAUUCCUUCAGUUCAUAUGGAAGCAGGAAGUUCUGUCGGGGAACAUGUGAAGCAGGAGAUAUUCUCAUUGAUACAAACAGAAAUGAAGCGAGGAACGGCCGAUACAGCAUCAAAUAUGAACGAGGUGUCACUACAGGAGAUCUGACAGUGACCAUCACACAGCUCAGCAAGUCUGACUCUGGAACGUACCGGUGUGGCCUCGAAGGUUUUUCGUCUUUUAGUUAUCAGGAGUUUAAGAUCAUCGUCACUGAUGCUCAGCUGGAAGGAAGCUCUGAAGUAAAACAGCUCUAUAAAAGAAGUGGAGGAGACGUCACUGUUGAAUGUGUCUUCACUAACCCUGGAGGACGUAAAUACUUCUGCAGAGAAGAAUGUGGAGGGAAAAUGAACGUUCUCGUCACAACAAGAGGUGACGAAGAACGAAACGGCAGAUACAGCAUCGAGUAUUUAACAGGAUCUGGAAAAGGAUUUCUGUUUGUGACCAUCACACAGCUCAUCAGGUCCGACUCAGGACGCUACAGAUGUUCUGUGGGAUCAGACAGAGACUUUGAAGUCAUUGUCACAGAUGACUCCACAACAACAUCACCCAGUUCCAGCUCCAGUUUCACACGUUCAUCAGCUUCACCUGAAACCACCAACCAGUCUUUGGUCCAGACACCUGAGACGACAGGAGGUGAUACGUCGUUCUCGACCAAAAACUUGAUUCUGACUGUGGGACUGACGCUGGUCGUCAUGGUCGUCCUGUUAUCAGGGGCCGCACUGAUGUUCUGCAGAAAGAGGAGUAACAGACCCAGAGGUGAGGCAACAGGAAAUACACACACACACAAGUACACACAUGUCGAUCACACACACAACAACUGGAUCUUCAGUUUUCAGUGAAUAUGAAAAUCAUCGUGACCAAAACCCAGAUUCUGAUUCAGCAGCAAACACGAAACACAAGUUCAAAAGUUUACGUGCAGAAAUAAGGAGAAGAAGGAAAAGUUACUAAGCUUCAAAACACCGAGGAAAACGCUCGUCAAAGUCCAAAACACGUUCAGGUCAGACACAAGGAAAUACUA